ACCUUUUUGCAUGUAAGCUGUGUUCACUUCAGUCAAAUGUCAAACGUCAAUCGGUCAACAUCAACAAUACUGUAAUUUCCGUUUUACUUCUGUUGCCGCUAAUUAUAUCAAAAUAAACAAAAAUGCUAUUUUAUUCGUUCUUUAAAUCGCUCGUCGGUAAGGACGUUGUUGUGGAGUUAAAAAAUGAUCUUAGUAUUUGCGGGACGUUGCAUUCAGUUGACCAAUAUUUAAAUAUUAAGUUAUCGGAAAUUAGCGUCAUAGAUCCCGAUAAAUACCCGCAUAUGCUUUCGGUGAAGAACUGUUUUAUAAGGGGAUCAGUGGUGAGAUACGUGCAGUUACCCGCUGAUGAAGUAGACACACAGCUACUUCAAGAUGCGGCUAGGAAAGAAGCGACAGUGUCGACGAGAUAGCCAAGCUAACCUCCAUUUAUUCGUGUGCAGUGUGCUGUUACUAUAUUUAAGUGUAAGGUUUACGGAAUAAAAACUUAUCUACGA